GCUUUGGAUUGAGUAGGAAUGGGUCAUUUAGAUUGUACUGUUCUCCCACACUCUCUACCAACCAUUUUGUUAUUGUUAACCUCUGUAUUUGGACUGUCACUUGGUUCGGAACUGGGGUUUGUGACGUGCGGAUCCGUCCUUAAACUGUUAAAUAUAAAGCACAAUGUGAGACUACACUCGCACGACGUACGCUACGGCUCCGGUAGCGGCCAGCAGUCUGUAACAGGGGUGACGACAGUGGAAGACAGCAAUAGCUACUGGAGUGUCCGUGGGACAGGUGACACCUCGUGCCAUCGCGGCACCCCGGUCAAAUGCGGACAGAAUAUUCGUCUCACCCAUGUCAACACAGGACGUAACCUGCACAGCCACUACUUCUCCUCCCCGCUGUCCUCUAACCAGGAAGUGAGUGCCUUCGGCGACGAAGGGGAAGGGGACCACCUGGAUGACUGGACAGUUCAGUGUGGGGGAUCUGUGUGGAAGCGCGAGGAGGCCGUCCGCUUCCGUCACAAGUCCACCGACGCACUACUGUCGGUGACGGGGGAGCAGUAUGGACGGCCGAUCCACGGCCAGAGGGAAGUUCACGCCAUGUUGGGCCCCAGUCAGCACAGCCUGUGGAAGGCCAUGGAGGGCAUCUUUAUGAAGCCCAGCGAGAACCUGGCAGGCAGCCGAGACUACAGCCACCUACACACAGAGUUCUGAACUCAACGUUUCUUCUUUGUGUCCCAUUGUCCUCUCCGUCUACCAUUGUAUUCCCACGUCUGUCUCUCAUAUGUUCCAGCAACCUCUCAUUUCCGUCUCGCAUCAUCUUUUGACUAUCGAUCAUCUUUUGAGGAGACUGUGCCAAAGUAUGUCCUGGAUCAGGGUACAAUAACUUUAUCAAUCCAUACCAACCUCUCUCGAUUAUUGAGUUUUACGAAACACAACUUGAAAUCACAUUUGACUAGAAUUAAAGUUUGCCUUAAAAGGUACAAAGAGACAUAAAGGUAUUCAAAAUACUGUUUCACUUGACGAAGACAUUGUUAUCCCUGUUGGAUGCGUUACAUCCUCUCAGCUGUUAUUAUUUGUGAAAGCACUGCCAACAGCUGUCACACCACAACACAGAAGGCAGUGCAGGUUUUGCAGAUUAGUAUUAAUUCAUCAAGUAAGUCUUGGGCUUUGUGGAAUUUAAAAAAAACAGUGUUACACUUGUGCCUUUAUUCUUUUUAAAAUGUAGUAGAAUAGGUAUUUAAGCUGUGGAGCCGUUAGAACUUUUGGGAACAUAAGAAUUUAAUUGUGUUUUUAUGGCAUUUGUAAGCCAUAUUAUACUCAAUAAGCAGUGUUACCUUUGUAAAUUACUUUUCCCCCCUGAAAGUCUCAUUAAGUGUUUAAUAUAAAUGAUUCAACACGAACUGAUGUGACAGAAUAUGCAGUUUUUCUUUCUUCUGAGGUGUUUUUCUAUAUCUGCAUCAUUGAACUGGCUGCUGUUUGUCAGAUUCUAAGUGCUGGAAGAGUGUACAAUGUUUUACAUUCACGCUGUCUGCAUACAUACGUGUUAGAUCAACUCUGUUCGGGAGGUUCAUGUGAGCAACAAACAUGCAAUGAAUACCUCAUAUUAAAGUGAUCUUUAUGCAUAGUAGUAUUAGAGUGACUCAUUUAUUGGAUCUUGUUCUUUUUUGACUGGGUCCUGUGGUGGAAAUGUUAAUCCUCAUAGAAUUAAAACUGUAAUAUAUUGGGUUUUAUUGCAAUAAAUAAAAUCAGCCUCUCACCCACCUGAGCUGUUGAA